ACUGUGUGCUCCUCCCCCCGCCCGUCUCCCGCAGGCUAUGGCCACACGGUACCCUUGUCGGACGGGGGCAAGGCCUUCUGCAUCAUCUACUCCAUCAUCGGCAUCCCCUUCACCCUGCUGUUCCUGACGGCCGUGGUCCAGCGCGUCACCAUCCACGUGACCCGCCGGCCGGUGCUCUACGUGCACCUGCGCUGGGGCUUCUCCAAGCAGCUGGUGGCCCUGGUCCACGCCGUGCUGCUGGGCGCGGUCACCGUGUCCUGCUUCUUCUUCAUCCCGGCCGCCGUGUUCUCGGUGCUGGAGGACGACUGGAACUUCCUGGAGUCCUUUUACUUCUGCUUCAUCUCCCUGAGCACCAUCGGCCUGGGCGACUACGUCCCGGGGGAGGGCUACAACCAGAAGUUCCGGGAGCUCUACAAGCUGGGCAUCACCUGUUACCUGCUGCUCGGCCUGGUGGCCAUGCUGGUGGUGCUGGAAACCUUCUGUGAGCUGCACGAGCUGAAGAAGUUCCGCAAGAUGUUCUACGUGAAGAAGGACAAGGACGAGGACCAGGUGCACAUCAUGGAGCACGACCAGCUGUCCUUCUCCUCCAUCACGGACCAGGCGGCCGGCGGGAAGGAGGACCAGAAGCCCGACGAGCCCUUCGUGGGCCCGGAGCCGCCCGCCCAGGCCGACGGCCCCCCACAGCGCUGAGCGCGGGGCUGGUCCUCCCGCGCCGGGUGGGGCGGGGCAGGGAGAGGUUUCGCUUUGUUCGUCUUAGGAGAAUACAAAAGCCAAAACGAUAUCUUAACAAACACCCGCUGUUGGUAAUAUUCGAAAUGAGACAGCAAGUGGAACGAAGAAAGCUUUUGCCCCCCGAGGACUGUCUGAUAUCUGAGGACCCGGGGUACGUACCUGUCAUUCAUCUGAAACACAAUGAUCCAGACUGUUUAGUGGGGUGAGGACCGCUGUGGGUAGAAGCCGGUUUUCUACUUUUCAUUGGGGAUGUUGGGUUUUGCCUCGAAAUCAUCUAGCGGACGGCUCAAUAGCAACCUUUAUACUGAAAAGCCAAUGGGAAGCCUAGAGAUUUGUUUUAUAAAUUUAUGUGUAUGGGUUUGCAUGCGCCCACCCGAAAUGAUUAUUUUUGUAGAACCUAAGAUAACCCUGUUAUUUAUAACGGAAUAGGUGCCCGUGAACUGUGUACAUACCGGGUAUACAUAUGUUCAUAUCCUAUACAUAUGAGGGGUUCAGGUAGGCGGUUCUCAGCAAACCUCCUCACCUGAGAUUGUAGCUAUCCUGUCUUUGGAUUCCUCUUUGUACUAAAGACUCGAGCGAGCGCGGCUGCGGUAGGAUCAGGGGGAGAAGGCACGGGAGAGCGAAGGCCUGGCGUACUCCGCUGCCAUAAACCUGUCCGUCCUCUGGCAAUAAAUAGUGCGCUCAGGUGCCUGC